CCGGCCGCCGAGCCCCCCCCUCCGCCGGCCCCGGACAUGACUUUCAAGAAGGAGCCGGCGGCGUCCGCCGCGGCCUUCCCCGCGCCCAGGACCUCCUGGGGCUUCCUGCAGUCCCUGGUGAGCAUCAAGCAGGAGAAGCCCGCCGACCCCGAGGAGCAGCCGCCGGCCCACCACCACCACCACCACCACCACCACCACCACCAUCAGCACCACCACUACGCGGGGCUGUUCGCCGCCGGGGCCGAGGAGCGGUCCCCCGGCCUCGGGGCCGGGGAAGGGGGCGGCCACGGCGUCAUCCAGGACCUGAGCGUCCUCCACCAGCACGUCCAGCCGCAGCAGGCCGGCCAGCACCACCGCGACGUGUUGCUGAGCGGCGGUGGCAGGACUGACGACCCCGGCAGCGAGGAGCCAAAGCAGGACACCAAUGUCAAAAAGGCAAAGAGGCCAAAGCCAGAAUCUCAGGGAAUCAAAGCCAAGAGGAAGCCGAGCGCGUCUUCCAAACCUUCUUCGGUUGGAGACGGAGAAGGUGCCAUCCUCUCCCCAAGUCAGAAACCUCAUAUCUGUGACCACUGUAGUGCUGCUUUCCGGAGCUCCUAUCACCUGCGGAGACACGUCCUCAUCCACACCGGAGAACGGCCUUUCCAGUGCGGCCAGUGCAGCAUGGGCUUCAUCCAGAAAUACCUGCUGCAGAGACACGAGAAAAUCCACAGCAGGGAGAAACCCUUUGGAUGUGACCAGUGCAGCAUGAAGUUUAUCCAGAAGUACCAUAUGGAGAGACACAAGAGGACACAUAGUGGAGAAAAGCCAUACAAGUGUGACACUUGCCAACAGUAUUUUUCAAGGACUGAUCGAUUGCUGAAGCACAGGCGCACGUGCGGCGAAGCCAUAGCGAAAGGAGCCACCAGUGCGGAACCUGGGUCGUCAAACCACAACAGUAUGGGCAAUCUGGCUGUGUUGUCUCAGGGAAACACAAGUUCUUCAAGGAGAAAAUCCAAGUCCAAGAGCAUAGCUAUGGAAAAUAAGGAGCAGAAGACUGGCAAAGCAAGCGAGUCGCAGAUUUCCAAUAGCAUAAACAUGCAGAGUUACUCGGUAGAAAUGCCUACUGUGUCUGCCAGUGGAGGCCUCAUCGGCACUGGUAUAGACGACCUGCAGAAAAGGGUGCCAAAACUGAUCUUUAAGAAAGGAGGCAGGAAGAAUACCGAUAAAAGCUACCUUAAUUUUGUGUCACCAUUACCAGACCUGGUGGGACAGAAGGCCUUGUCUGGGAAACCAGGUGGCUCACUUGGCAUCGUAGCAAAUAACAGUGCGGAGACCAUUAGUCUUCUCCAAAGUACAAGUGGCAAACAAGGUCAAAUAAGUAGUAAUUAUGAUGACGCCAUGCAGUUUUCCAAGAAAAGAAGAUACUUGCCAACUGCCAGCAGCAACAGUGCCUUCUCUAUAAACGUGGGACACAUGGUCCCCCAGCAGUCGGUCAUUCAGUCCGCAGGUGUCAGUGUUUUGGACAACGAAGCGCCCUUGUCACUCAUUGACUCCUCAGCGCUAAAUGCCGAAAUUAAGGCUUGCCACGACAAGUCUGGAAUUCCCGACGAGGUUUUACAGAGUAUUUUGGAUCAAUACUCCAACAAAUCCGAAUCCCAGAAAGAGGAUCCUUUUAGUAUAACCGAGCCACGAGUGGAUUUACACGCCUCGGGAGAACACUCGGAAUUGGUUCAGGAAGAAAAUUUGAGCCCAGGCACCCAAACACCAUCAAAUGAGAAGCCAAGCUCGCUGCAAGAGUACUCCAAAUACCUCCAGCAGGCUUUUGAGAAAUCCACGAACGCAAGUUUCGCUCUUGGACACAGUUUCCAGUUUGUCAGUUUGUCUUCACCUCUCCACAACCACACUUUAUUUCCAGAAAAACAGAUAUACACUACAUCUCCUUUGGAGUGUGGUUUCGGCCAAUCUGUUACCUCAGUGUUACCAUCUUCAUUGCCAAAGCCUCCUUUUGGGAUGUUGUUUGGAUCUCAACCAGGCCUUUAUUUAUCUGCUUUGGAUGCACAUCAGCAGUUGACCCCUUCCCAGGAGCUGGAUGAUCUGAUAGAUUCUCAGAAGAACCUAGAGACUUCAUCAGCCUUCCAGUCCACCUCUCAGAAAUUGACUAGUCAGAAGGAACAACAGAAAAACUUAGAGUCCUCAACAAGCUUUCAGAUUCCGUCUCAGGAGUUAGCUAGCCAGAUCGAUCCUCAGAAAGACAUAGAGCCUAGAACAACGUACCAGAUUGAGAACUUUGCACAAGCAUUUGGUUCUCAGUUUAAGUCGGGCAGCAGGGUGCCAAUGACCUUUAUCACUAACUCUAACGGAGAAGUGGACCAUAGAGUAAGGACUUCAGUAUCAGAUUUCUCAGGGUAUACUAAUAUGAUGUCUGAUGUAAGUGAGCCAUGUAGUACAAGAGUAAAGACACCCACCAGCCAGAGUUACAGGUAAGGUCUUGAAAGUGACCAGGCUGGAGGUCUUCUAACGUAACUUUCUUUUAUUUUGAGAACACUGCCAUUGGAAUGUUUCUACACGAUCCUAUUAAGAAUAAUGUAAUGCCCUUUCAAUGCAACUUUUCAUAUUUAGUUUAUUUUGUUAGUGUGAUUUUAGCUCUGUUUGUAUUAUGAUUUUUAAUCAAAAUCAAUAGAUUAAAAAUAGUUUGACAUUCAAAGUGACAAUGUUUAGCAAUCAGAUUUACAUGUAUAGAUUGUCAGGGAAUAGCCCAAAAGUUUUAAAUGCAAAAAAAGAAAAAAACCACAAAACAAAAACUUCCCAAAAAAAGAAAAAAAAUGACACAAAAAACAAAAAAAGAAACUUUGUUGCUAGGAUUAAGGUUAUUCUAAUUGCUUUACUCUCAGGAAAGUGUAAUAACGCAUGGGAAAUCUGUACGUUAUCACCGUAAUGUAUGUUAUCACCAUAAUGGAAUAUCCAAUUUACAAAUAGGAUAUACAUUUCAUUUAAGUUAAGGGAUCUAAAACAUUUCAGAUUGCUCUUUCUGGGCUGGUUUAAUACACAUUUCAUCUUUUAAGUAAGGGAUCGAAAACAUUUCAAAUGCUAUCUCCAUCUGGGCUGAUCCAAAAUUCUGAGAUUGUGGGCUACCUAUGUUUUGUUGCAGCUUUUAGGUGUACUCUGAACUUCCACACCAUAUUCAUUCCAGCCUGGUAGAACAAAUAUUCUUGGAUCUUUGAUCAAAGCCUGGAAUGAUAGCUUUAAAAAAAGAAGAAAGAGGAAAACAACAAAGCACCCUCUCUCAAUCCCGAGUGUAAGAAGGCUGUAAUUCCAUUAAGCAAUUCUGUUGAUGUCUAGUAGUGUUGAAGCCCAAGUGGUUGGUUGGUUGGUUGGUUGGUUGGUUGGUUGGUUGGUUGGUUGGUUCCAGUAUUAGAGCAUUGGUUGGAAUCAACAUAAGUCAUUGGAAUUUGGGGUGUACAUUAUUAUAUGUGGCCUCAAAAACAUUCUCUCGUCCAUGCUUAUAUAUAUAUAUAUACAUAUAUAUACACAUAUACAUACGUAUAUACAUACGUAUUUAUAUACGUAUAUACGUAUGUGUGUAUUUAUAAAACCUUUAUUUCUGGGUUUUUCGGGGGGUUUUUUUGGUACCUGUUCUUAACUCGUCCUCUUAAGAGUUCUGGACCUUCCUUGUUCCUUCUUGUCCCUGCCUUGAUGGCUUUUAGGUUUAGAAUGACUUAUAUUCCAGUAGGUAAUUGAUUAUGCAUUUUAUAUGUCUUAUGGCAUCCAAAUACUAAACAGUAGAUAAACAUCCCUAGCCCCAUUUUUUUGUUUUGUUUUGUUUUUAAAGUCCCAUACAGGUUUCUAUGUAUAAGAACGCCACAUACUCUGAGCUGUAGAUAGUAAUAGGAUUAUAAUUCUACCUGGUGACUUAGCUCCUGAGAGGGAUGAGAGUGCCAUCAGAACCUCUUUUUGGAAUUACAGCCUUUAAUGUACAUUUCAAAGGGGUGUGUCAGUAUUGUACAGGGGUUUUGUGAAGUCAUCAGAACUUGCUAUGAAUGCUGAUUGCCACUUGAAGCUACUGAUACGCAGUGGCUCUGCUCUAAACCACUUUUUAGCAAUUGUAUUUUUUUCCUGACUAUAUUUUUUAAUGUACUUUGAUGUUUAUGCUGAUGAGUUUUUUUUUAUGUACUUUUGGUGAUGUUUCAAUGUACUCUUCUGACGUCAGAAAAGUACCACUGGUUGUUUGCAGUCUUAUUGUGUAAUCAGCCUACCACAGGCUUCCAUGUAUAAUAAAGUAAUUAAUAUUGUGCAAGUGUAAAACACUUCUGUUAUAAAAGCAGUGUUUGAAAAAUAAGAAAUAAUUAAAAUGGUUACAAAAUACUAGUUAAUUUCCUCCCCCCCCUUUCCUCCCUCCCCCCCAUUUAGCUUUAGCAGCUAAGGGUACCAACUUGUCAUUGAAAGAUUCUUAGAAAAUGUGUUUAAUACUUUUAAAUUCACACAGUACUAAAACGUCUGUAUUAAUUUCAUUUAGUGUGGUAAGUUCUGUUUGGUACAGAGUGCAGGCUGUAACCAGAGGGUGGAGAGGACCUUCCUUCCCACUGUAUCUCUUAAGCUGUAUGAUUUUUCUACAGUUCUUUUUAUUUUUAUUUUUUGUUUUAUACAGGUUUUGAAUUUCUUUUAACUUUUAUUGUGUGUACUGAAUACUGCAUAUGUAUUAUUCUUGAUUGUUUGCUCUAGUUUACUACCAAUAAAAGUCCUGUUAAUCACAAA